ACGUGUCCGCCCUCCGCCGGCUACGUUAAAUCCCGCUCGGCUCGUGGGAACCAGGCAGCGGAAAGUCAGCUGGGAACACAGCCGCUUUUCGGGUUAGCAACUCGGUCCAGAUAUGGGGGAAAUAGUCCUACCGAGGCGCAUGUUCCUCUGGAGCAUGUCGCUCAUCUAUUUAGCCGCCUUUGUGUCCCUGUACGUGCAGAUACCAGGUCUGUAUGGUAACGACGGGCUGUUGCCGGCUCGUUGGCAGCUGCCGUACAGCGGCAAGACCCUGACCGAGCAGCUGCUGUCCUCUCCCACCCUGCUGUGGCUCGGACCUCGGCUCGGCCUGGACACGCACACUGCCAUGGAGCUGCUGUGUCUCAUCGGGGCGGCGCUGAGCCUCGCCGCCAUGCUGGUGGAGGCCCUGCGAGACAGCGUGGUUUUCUUCUGCCUCUGGGCCUUGUACCUGUCCAUGUACCAGGUGGGCCAGGUGUUCCUCUACUUCCAGUGGGACAACCUGCUCCUAGAGACCGGGUUCCUCUGUAUCCUCGUUGCUCCAUUGACAAUAAUCAGAGGGUCACGAGGGGUCAGGGAGCACGAUCGCGUGACCUUCUGGCUGACCCGCUGGCUUCUCUUCCGGCUCAUGUUUGCCUCUGGUGUGGUGAAGCUCACAUCACGCUGUCCCACGUGGUGGGGCCUGACAGCUUUGACGUAUCACUAUGAGACUCAGUGUAUUCCCACUCCUCUGGCCUGGUUUGCCCACCAUUUGCCCGUGUGGUGGCAGAAGUUCAGCGUGGUGGGAACAUUAGUCAUCGAGAUCGCUGCACCUUUUUUGUUCUUCAGUCCUCUACGUCGGCUCAGACUCGGCUCCUUUUACUUGCAGGUGCUGCUGCAGGUGCUCAUCAUCUUGUCCGGAAACUACAACUUCUUCAACCUGCUGACGUUGGCGCUCAGCCUGUCACUGCUGGAUGAUCAGCAUGUACUAUUCUGGCUACGCAGGGCAGACACGACCGACAACAAUAAGUCCAGACUGUGGGCGUGGCUGUGUUACCUGGUGGAACUGGCAGUUUGGUCCCUCAUAGUCUUCGGAUCAAUUAUGUGCUUUGAUCUGAAGAUGGAUAUGGCGAAGAAUGCCAUCUCCUCCAGGACAGCCAUCACAUUUCACCAGUUUAACCAGUUUCUGAAGGCUGUCACAAUCCCCUCUAUCUGGAUUGGGGUUCUCUCUCUUACCUGGGAAAUGAUAACAGCGAUGUUCAGGUGUGCAUGCGUCUCUGGUUUCCUGAAGAGGUUUUGUGGCACCGUUCAGUGGACCGUGCUCGCUGCUGCUGCUGCUGCCAUGUUCACUGUCAGUCUGGUGCCCUACACCUAUAUGGAGCGUGACUCUCAUGACAGGUUGUGGCCAGGAGUGCGUCGGACCUAUGAGCUUGUGGAUCGCUACCAGCUGGUCAACUCGUACGGUCUCUUCAGAAGAAUGACAGGUGUUGGCGGGCGGCCAGAAGUGGUCAUCGAGGGAAGCCAUGAUGGAAUCACGUGGACGGAGAUUGAGUUCAUGUAUAAGCCCGGGAACCUAAGUGCACCUCCCGCUGUGGUGACGCCUCACCAGCCCAGGUUGGACUGGCAGAUGUGGUUUGCUGCCCUUGGGCCUCACACACAGGCUCCGUGGUUCACCAGCCUCAUGUACAGACUGCUGCAGGGAAAGAGAGAUGUGAUCGAGUUGAUUCAGACGGAUGUGUCCCAGUAUCCGUUCCACCAGGAGCCUCCUGCCUACGUCCGAGCUCAUCGCUACAGAUACUGGUUCACUCAACCCAAAGCUGAUGGUUCUUACCCACAGCGCUGGUGGAGGAGGGUCUAUGAUGAAGAAUUCUAUCCCACAGUGCACCUGGGCCACACGGCCCUGGAGAGCAUGCUCAAUCAGCACGGACUCAAGGACAAAUCGCCACCACGUCCCAGGUCCAACAGGACCGUUGCCCAGGGGGUGAGGUGGGUGCGCUCUCAGGUCAGAGGAGUUCCUGCCCACAUACUGAUCUGGACCCUCAUUGCCUGCAGCGCCACCCUCUGUCUCCUCCAGGGAUUGCUUAAAGGGAACAAAGAGACCCCACUUACUCAUGAGGCUGCUGCGACUGUGAAUGAUCCUACAGGCAAUUCAGAUGAUCAUAAGGAGCAGGAGGAAGAUGAAGAAGAGCACAGUGAAGAUGAGGAAGAAGAGAAGGACCAUGUUGGUGAUGACGAAGAGGGUGAGGAGGAAGAAGAAGAAGAGGAGGAGUACGAAGAAAAAGAGAUCUUCCAAAAGGAAAAGUUAUGAUAAAGUUUCAGGUAAUGACUACUAUCACCGCCUGCCUUAAUGAAAUUCCAAAAUAACCAAAGAAAUAUUUUGUCAUUCUAUGUUAAUUUUAUUUCCAAAUAAGCUAAAUGACAGGAAAAAAAUAAUGUAAAACUGUACUGUGACCGCCUGCAGUACAGUGUUUGUAAGUCAUUUGUCUACAAACCAGUCACCUAAUCCCUGUAGGUCACUGGUUUUCAUUCAACAGAUCUCAUGUAACAGGUCACACAUUUUAAAACUUCCCUCAUUGGAUUGCUCAACUUUCAAAGGAAAAGUGAUUCAGCAGAUCAAAUCAUGUGGAAUCAAAGUAGAAACACUGAAUUUGAAUUAUAAGACUUGUUCUGAUUUGUUCAUGUUACUGUGCCACUUUGUCUUCUGUUUGUGUAAAGUGUAGUUGCACUUGUGUUUUUAUGUGUGUUUGUCCUUUGCCUCUACUGCUGUAUGCACAGAACUUUGAAAAGCAACUCUAUACCUUUUCCUUAUUUUCACACCACUGUGCCUUUUUGCACUCUCAGUAUUCAAGAUGAAAUAUUUCCACUAAAUGUUGCAGUACUUAAAAAAAAUGUAUUUUUAGAAGAUGAAAAUGCCUUGUAAUAAAAGUUUUUCUUUAAAGUU